UUUUAACUCUCUGAAACUCCAAGCUACCUUUCCCACCUCCGUAUCUAUCUCUGCCUCUUUCUUAGAUCUCUCUCUCUCUCACACACACACACACUUCUCUCUUCGUAACUCCAGCCAACUACCCACUUAUUUCCUCCACCUCUGUACGCGCUCACUUCUACAACUCCCCUGAAACCCACAACUUUUUUCUACACAAUCGGUUUUCCAACGCCGAGACAGUACGAAUAAAUGCACAAACAAUACCGCUAUCUGUUUCCAUCAAGCCAGGUUUCCGAUCACUCCUCACCUGAAUAUCAUCUUAUAUUCUCUCAAUCAAAUUCACAUUGGAAGCUGAGCUUAGCUAACUAAGCAGAGCCAAGCCAAAAAAGGCAUGGGCUGCGUUCUCGGUACGAGUGGUUCUCGAGACACUCACCGGAGAUCCUCCAGAACCACCCAAUCUAGCCGGAGCAUUCAAGAACCGGCGGUUUCUGUUACUGAUGGCGUUAGGGUCAGGAACGACGGAGCCGUGAGGGACAGAGAGAAGAUCCGGCACUCCAGCGACUUCCCGCCGACGGACCGGCAAAAAUUCAAGCCGGAGUAUAGUCUGAAAACAAAUCAGCAAGGCUGGCCAUCCUGGCUUUCCACCGUCCUCGGCGACGCCAUUAAAGAUUGGACCCCUAGAAAAGCAAACACCUUCGAGAAACUCGAUAAGAUUGGUCAAGGGACAUAUAGCAAUGUAUAUAAAGCGAGGGACUUGAUAACAGGAAAGGUAGUGGCUCUGAAGAAGGUUAGAUUUGAUAAUUUAGAGCCAGAGAGUGUGAAGUUCAUGGCGAGAGAGAUACUUGUUUUGAGGAAGUUGAAUCAUCCCAAUGUGAUAAAGCUUGAAGGUUUAGUAACUUCAAGGAUGUCUUGUAGUCUCUACCUUGUGUUUGAAUACAUGGAGCAUGAUCUUUCUGGCCUUGCCGCGGUUCAAGGGGUCAAAUUCUCGGAGCCACAGGUGAAAUGCUACAUGAAGCAGUUACUCUCCGGACUUGAACAUUGCCAUAACAAUGGUGUCCUACACCGUGAUAUUAAGGGUUCCAAUUUGCUUAUUGACAAUGAUGGAAUUUUAAAGAUAGCCGAUUUUGGACUGGCUUCGUUCUACGAUCCUGAUCACAAGCAACCAUUGACUAGUCGAGUUGUGACUCUUUGGUAUCGUCCCCCAGAACUUUUACUUGGGGCCACUUAUUAUGGUGUUGGGGUUGACCUUUGGAGUGCUGGCUGCAUUUUGGCUGAGUUACUUGCUGGGAAACCAAUUAUGCCUGGACGAACGGAGGUUGAGCAACUGCACAAAAUAUUUAAGUUAUGUGGCUCCCCUUCUGAGGAGUAUUGGAAGAAAUCAAGGCUGCCUAAUGCAAUCCUUUUCAAGCCACAGCAGCCAUACAAGCGCUGCAUAGCCGAAACCUUCAAAGACUUUCCACCUUCUCUCCCUCUGAUUGAAGCUCUUCUUGCAAUUGACCCUGUUGAGCGAGGCUCUGCCACUGCAGCAUUAAACAGUGAAUUCUUUACAAUGGAACCUUAUGCUUGUGAGCCAUCAAGCUUACCGAAAUAUCCUCCCAGCAAGGAAAUGGAUGUGAAAUUGAGAGAUGAAGAAGCCAGAAGGCAAAGAGGUUUGAACAAGAAAACCAACGCUGUAGAUGGUGCCAGAAGAGUGAGAGUUCGCGAUAGAGUUAGCCGGGCAAUUCCAGCUCCAGAAGCCAAUGCAGAGGUCCAAGCAAACUUGGAUAGGUGGAGAGUCAUGACACAAGCUAAUACUAAGAGCAAGAGUGAGAAAUUCCCACCUCCCCAUCAGGAUGGAACAGUUGGAUAUCCUUUGGAGACAUCACAUAAUGGCCCCGUGUCAUUUGGUGCACCAGAAACUUCUUUUAGCUCAUCAAUCUUCGAUGCAAAAUCAUCACGAUCUGUGAAAGGUACCGCAACCACCGGUGGGCCUUCAAGGAGGAGAAACACCAAGAAAGAAGAACCUCAGAUGGCUCCAUCUCGAAGGUUUAUCCGUGCGUUUAUUCCAUCCACAAUUGGGCUGCCACUUGAUCUGAGAUUCAAGGGUAAAGAAUCAGUGUCUGAGAUUUUUGCCGGUCACAGGUAGUGAAAAGUAAUGCAACUUUUUUUUUUUUUUUU